CGACUAAACCGGACAAACGAAAAAAAUUCUAAAUAAAAUACGAUUAAUAUAACUGGUUAAACAUUUUUUCAAAUAAAACGAUGAUAUAAUAUAUGAUGAUGAUAAUGAAAAAACCAUACCGAACACUGCCUCGUUUGCUGCAUGUGGAUCGCCUUAGCAGCCUUAGCCACUGUCGGGGCCCAAGUGGUCCCCCAAAACGCUCACUGUGUCGUCUACACAGACAGCUGCGGACAGUUACUGGACACCCUCCCGGUGUGCCAAGAUUUUAAUCGACAAGUGUGCAACCGUCCCGCCUGCAAGUUUAUCCAUCUCAGUGACGGAAACGUGGAGGUGAUCGAGAAUCGCGUAACCGUGUGCAGGGACGCAGUAAAGGGUGCAUGCAUGCGACCCCAGUGUAAAUACUAUCACAUACCUGUCGCGUUGCCACCAGCGCCCCUGAUGGCGAUCACGUCACCUGCAACACCCUAAUCAACUCUUCCCCGUUCAAUGGAUAUCACGACGACGCGAACAGAGAACGACAAAACGAGAAAGAGAGAAAAAAAACAGUGGAGUCAGGAAUAAAAAUAAAAUAGAAAACGAAGGAGAGAGCGAAAUAGGAACUUCUUAGAGUGCGCGUUUCGUGGGAUCGCGAUUGAACUGAUCCGUCAGGCAAGAUCGAUGGAGAAGAAGAAUAACGAAUUACAGAACCGGAAGAAGAUCGACAGGAAUGCGUUUGUUCACAUCAUUUUCGUCAACGAAGAAGAAUCGACAUUAUUUCACCCCUCUUUGCGAAUUUCAAGAG